UUUUGAUGACUUCGUGGUCUUGUCUCAAGAGCCGAUUCCGGUUGAUCUAGUACCUCGGACACCUCGACAUCACUUCGUCAUUCCCCCCAAUGUGGUAGUCACUCGUUAUUGUUUUAUAUACACUUUUCAUCGGGGUAACCUGGUGGAUAUACCCUUCACCUACAGUCUUUACUCAUAUCCUCAUGACUUAUUCGACACACUCACUGUAAUAUCCUUUCGCCAAAAUGAGGCCCCUAGGUCUCUUACGCUCUUUUGCGAGCCUUGCGCUCUGCACGGCAACAUGGGCAAUGGACCCAACGGAUACCAUUAUGGAUGCCGACUCGGCUGCUGUCGGCUACCUCCCAACCCACAACAUGGAUCCAGCAACCAUUGAGGGAGGCGCAUUUGGCCAGAUUUGGUCCUUCACAACACCGAAGAAUCCUCUCAACCAGAUUGAGCAGUUCUACUCUAAACUCCUAGUCUACACACCCAAGGCUACGGGAAAGCAAACAGUCAUUGCCUUCUCAGAGCAAAACCGCAUUUACGUUCUCGAUGCGGUGAACGGCACACUCUACAGCAGCCGUGAUCUGAGCGAGCAGGAUCCCGCAGAAGCCCCUUUCAUGGUGUCCGACUUGGGCAACUGCAACGACAUUAGCGGAACAAUCGGUAUCACUGGUACGCCCAUCAUUGACCCCAACACAGAAACCAUCUACUUCUGGGCCAAGGGCUACAGGGACGCAACCACGAAAGGCUGGAAGAACGGUGCAUACCGUUUCCAUGCCAUUGAUGCAUGGACCUUGCAAGAGAGACCCGGCUUUCCAACCAACAUUGAAGGCAAGUAUGCCGAUAACGACAAAACCCGCUACUUCAACGGUGGCAGUGUUCUUCAGCGCACAUCCCUGAACCUUAUCAAUGGCGUGGUUUACGCUGGCUUUGGUGGCCACUGCGAUCUGUUCAACUACACCGGCUGGGUAGUUGGCAUGAGAGCUUCCAGUGGUGAGUUCGUCACAGCUUAUGCCGCUGCUGGUGGUGAUCGUGCCCCCAAACAAGAUGGCACCUGGGAAGGAGGCGGUGGUGGCUGCGGAAUCUGGCAGAGCGGUGCCAUUCUGGCCUCGGACAACCCGAGUCGUCUCUUCUUCGCUACUGGAAACGGCUACGGAGUCAUGGCGAACCAACAGCUAGCCGCCGGCGGCAGAACCCACCUCGACACACUCUCCGAAGCCAUCGUCAAUAUGGCCAUCGAUCCCGUCACUGGAAAGGUCACGCAACAAGACUAUUUCGAGCCAUACACUUACCAAGCUAUCGACUCUGCUGACCGUGACCUGGGUGGUGGUGGCGUUUCCAUCUUGCCAUUUGGCGGCGGUGGUGUCAAGCAGCUUGCGGUAACAGCAGGCAAGAACGGCCAGGCCUACAUUUGCAACGCUGAUAACCUAGGAGGCUACAAGAUGGGCACCGGCGGUGGUGACAACAUCAUCCAGACUAUCACUCCUCCUCAGGGUACAGCCAUGUUUGGAAACGUUGGCGCAUAUCCGCUUGAGGGUGGCUACAUGUACAUCACUCCAGUCGGUGCCCCGACUUAUGCCUACGCUCUUGGUUACGACUCAAGCGGAAGGCCGGCCUUCAGUGUAGCUGGUUCGACCCCUGACAAGUCGGCUGGAAGAGUUGGUACUGGAUCCGCAACCAUCACCACCCUCAACGGCCAACCGGGAACAGGCAUUCUCUGGAUGAGUGAUCCUGACAACGGAAUUCGCGCCUACCAUGCGGUGCCACGGAAUGGGCAGCUCGUAAAGAUUCCCCUUCCCGCUACUCCAGUCUUGUCCAAGUUCCAACGUCCCGUUUUUGGCGAUGGCCGGUACUACACCAGCACAUACACCGGACAGAUUCUGGCUUUCGGGUCCCCUGUCAAGUUGCCUUUUGACUGCGGUGGUCCUUUCAACCUCGGAGAGGUCCCCAUCGGAACAUCCAAGACGAUCAACGUCACUUGCACUGCCAAGAUCACUGUCAACCAGAUCACCAACAUCACAACUGGCAACCCCCUUUACAAGGUAUCCUUAGCCGACCUCCCCAAAACCGCUGUUACUGCUGGCAAAUCCUUCACCUUCCCUAUCAAGUUCGACUUGGGUGGGUACACGCUGGACCCUGGCAGCACAAGCUCCCCGACCAUGCAACCUGGUGUGCAAUCCGGCUCUGUCACCCUCACCACAGUCAAUGCUGUUACGGGUUAUUCGACUACACAGCCCCUUUCUGUGACCGGCAACACAGUGACAGACGGACCAUUUGCGGCCAUCAACCCCAAUGCAGUCGAUUUCCAACCGCUUGUCAUUGGAUCAGCCUCUGCGGAAGGAGGAUCGCAAAACACUGUGGUCAUUCAGAACUUGGGUAAAAGACCCAUGAGAAUCCUCGGGUAUGCUUUCACCACCGAUAGCCCUAACUCGGCAGCUGCUACAUUUGCGAACGUCACCAUCGAUGGCACUCACUCUAAGCUUGAUGCCGACGGUUUCUUCAUUGCCGAGGAUCUGCCUGCGAUCGGUUCUACUGUCGCCGCUGGAUCAUCUGUGAUCAUUCACAUGACGUUCCUUGCACCCAAGCUGGGUUCCUUCGCUACUACAUUCACAGUCUUCACCGACGGUGGCAUGGCCUACUCUGUCUUGACCGGUUCUGCCAACUCGCAGCCCAUUGCUCUCCUGGAACAUUCCACCAGCGAAGGCGGCUGGGUGACGAUUCCUUUCUGCAAUGACCCUACUCAAACUUGCACCUUCAAUAUCGACAUGGGCACUUCGCCUGGCUUGACCACCACUGAAGUGACCAUUCGGUUCACGAACAAGGGCGGUUCUGACCUGAUGAUUGACAAAUCCAAGCCCCCAAUGGGUUCUGUCCUUGGUGCCCAAAAUCCAAGCAGUGAUCUCUUUGAAGGCAUGGUAAUCAAGCCUGGAAAAUCCGAAAGUGCUACUCUCUUCUUCACACCCGGCGCUGCCCCUCUCAACGCGGAUCCCAUCGUUUACUCUGGCGCCUGGACACUGAACGUUAACGAUCUCACUUUCGGCGUGCAUGUUGUCAAUUUCAUCGGUACCCUACGUGCCACCAAGGUUGGCCCGACACUGCCAGAUGGAUCAGCUCGCUUCAAAUACCUUGGUUGCUACAGGGACAGCAGCGCCAAUCGUCUUGAGACCACCCAGGCGCAGUUCCCUUCGGAUAACGACAACGGAAAGUGCCAGCAGUAUGCCAUCACCAACAAGGCUGCCUUUGCCGGCACCCAGUACACCUAUGAAUGCUGGGUCGGCCGGAGCAUUCCACCUGCAAGCCUGAAAGUUGACGACUACCUCUGCAACACCUACAUCUGCCCCGGCGACAAGUCGCAGUUCUGCGGUGGUGUGGGAAGCUACAUGAUGAUGUGGUAUGACACCACCGGCUACUUCCCCGAGAAUGGUACCCUCGCUCCCGCUUUCAGGCCCCCUGCGAGCAAGGCAGUUGUUGGUGACUGGGAGUAUGCUGGUUGCCGUACCGACAACUCGGCAUCCCCUGCGACCAGAGCCCUGAACGACCGGAUUGUCGGACAGUCCAGCACCAACACCAUUGAGAGCUGCGCCCAAGCCUGUGCUGGCUUCUCCUUCUUCGGUGUUGAGUGGGGUGUAGAGUGCUACUGCGGUAACAAUCUCAAUCCUGGUAGUACCGUUGCUGAUGAAAAGACCUGCAACUACGUCUGUGGCGGCGAUCCGACUGAGCUAUGCGGUGGUUCAGGCCGUAUUUCGGUUUACAAGCAAAAGGGAACCGUCAUUGGUAACCCAUCAACCGGCGUGUCAUCUUCAUCUGGGACAGCGUCUGGGACCGCUUCAGCCACUGCUUCUGCUUCUUCCACAUCCUCAUCUGCAAUUGCUUCCGGCACUCCUGGAAACCCACAGUCUAUUGGUCAAUACAGUUCCUUGGGUUGCUACAGCGAUGCUGUUGCCUCCCGCUCUCUCCAGGGCAAGAAUACUCAGUCCAAUGUCAUGAGUCUUGAUGACUGCGCUACGUACUGCGCUGGAUACAAGUAUUUUGGCACCGAGUACUCGGCUGAAUGCUUCUGUGGCAACGACCUUCUCAACGGAGCUGCCCCGGUCACCGACGGCCGCUGCAACAUGCUUUGCAAUGGCAAUCAACAACAAAUCUGCGGUGGUAGCAAUGGGCUCUCCAUGUACCAGCUCAACCCUAACGGCACCUCCAGCUCAGUCACCGCUUCUGGCUCGGCCACUCAAUCCGCCACGGCAUCUGGUACUGCCUCCGGCACCGCUUCCAGUUCCAGCACCGCAUUGGCAACUACCACAUCCUCAGCUGUCCCAACCAUGCCGGCCGUAUCCGUCAAAUGCCCCGACAACAAUAAUGGUACAUACCUCUCCCUCAACGGCAAGACCUUCCUCCUCGAGUGCUUCACCGACCACGAAGGGGGCGAUUUGGCACUCGCCUACGUCGACAGUUACGCUCUGUGUGCCGAGAAGUGCUCCACCACCGACUUGUGCAUGGCGUUUGCGUACGUGCCCGGUGGUACUGGUAUUCAGGCCCCGUGCUACAUGAAGAAGUCGGUCGGACGUGGUUUUAAUAACCAGGCUGUUUGGGGAGCUCAGAUCAUUGCUGUGGCUUCUGCCUCGACCACGACGAGUGCUGCUGCUACAAUGACAAGUGCGGCGAGUGCUAUGGGCUCGAAUAGUGUUGUUGGUCCUUCUGGAUCGGUUGUGACUGGUUCGACUGCUACUGGCUCUGCUACCGAUUCCACUACCACCGGCUCGACUGCCACUGGGUCGACUGCUGCUGGUUCAUCAGUUGCCAGUGCUACAGGAUCGGACGCUAUUUCUGCCGCAUUGCCGGCCGUCUCCGGUACUGCCGCAACCUCAAUCGUCGCUUCUGGUUCCGGCUCGGGUGCUGCCUCCGGCGCGGCUCCGACAGCGGCCUCCACAGUGGCUUCCGGUAGUGCUUCUGCCAGUGUUGCUCCCUCGGCCAGCGUUGCUCCCUCGGACAUUGUUGUUCCUUCGGCCAGCGUUAUCACUUCGGCCAGCGUGGUCUCUUCGGAUAGUAUUGCUCCUUCAGAUAGUAUUGCCCCCUCGGAGAAUACUACUCCCUCGGCCAGCGUUGCUCCAUCGAAUAGUGUUGUUCCUUCGGACAGUGUUGCUCCAUCGGCCAGCAUCAUUCCCUCGGCCAGCGUUGCUUCCAGUGCUAGUGUUGUUCCUAGUACUAGCAUUGCUCACUCGGGCAGUGCAGCCGCCUCAGAAAGCGUUGCUCCUGCUGAAAGUAUUGCUCCAAGCGCGAGUGUAUCUUCUGGUUCUAACACAGGCGUCGCUCCCACAAACUCAGCGAGUGUCACUCCCACGAAUAGUGCCAGCGUUGCUACUACGAUUUCCGUAAGUGUCGCUCCCACUGCAAGUGAUGCUCCUACUACGAGUAUCACUCUCAGCGUCGCUCCAGGAUCCAGCUCAUCUACUACUGCUCCUGCGGUUGUCAGUACCACUCUCUCUGCACCUACUGUCACUUCAGUCCCUCCUGCCGCUGGCACAAGUACUACAACCGCUGCGGCUGUCACGAGUACAGAUCCUGCUCCAGUCACCACUACCACCACUACCGCUACUAGUUCUACUACGAACACCACCCCAGUCUUGUUUACAACUAGUACAACUACUACAACCGCCGCCGCCGUUGCUACUACAGCCCCUACUCAAGCCACCACGACCAUCGCCACUGCUGCCACUACUUCCACCACGAACAUCGCCUCAGCCUCGCCUACAAUUCCUGCUGUUGUGAACUGGGACUACCAAGGAUGUGCCAGUGACUCCAACACCGCCGCGCCUACUGCUCGCGCGCUCAAUGGCACCUACCUAUACGACAGCGCCGGCAUGACCAUUCAAAAAUGUCUUAACUACUGCGCCCAGCAAAACUACCCCCUCGCCGGCCUCGAGUUCCAAUCCCAAUGCUACUGUGGUCUCGAGUUCAAGCCCGGCUACAGCCUCGGCCAGACUGGCUGUAAUCUCACCUGCGCCGGUGACCCAUCAACACGCUGCGGUGGCCGCGCUCGUCUGGACGUCUUCAGACAAACUAACUACGUGACGCCCCGGCUCGUCAACCCGUCCGUGGUUAACGGGCGCUUGGCGACGCCACAGGGUUGCUUCAUCGACAACUCAACGGCUCGUAUUCUCAAAGCUCACUCGUACACCAACAGCACGAGCAUGACGGUCGAGAUGUGCCACGAACGCUGUCAGUCGAGGGGCUACAGUCUCUUUGGCGUGGAGUUCGGCAAGGAGUGUUACUGCGGCAAUUCGCUCGCGGACACGGCGGUGGCGGCGUCAGAGCUGUAUGAGUGCAAGAGGUCGUUCUGCGUCGGUGAUAAGACGGAGUUCUGCGGUGCUGGCUCAAGGUUGUUGCUUUACAGUAUUCAGCCGGCUGGGACUACUUCUCCUGCUAGGAGGAGUAUAGAAAGGAGAAACGAGGGGAUGGUGAAGGUGAAGUUACCCAAUUUGGGCAAAGAUGGGGAGUCUGAUUAUGAGUUGAAAUGGGAUGGUGAUGGGGGUGUGGGACAAGUGAGAAGAAGCGGCUCUGGGCGGAAGAAUAUUGAGAGGCGAUGGGGACGUAGUCUUGGACGGUGAUGAUGAUACUUGGAUGUUUUUUCUGUUUUCUCUUUCUU